CACAGUUUUUCUGAUUUGAACUAAAAAAAUGUCUCAUAUAGCUGUAGAAAGAAACCGGAGAAGACAGAUGAAUGAGCAUCUCAAAGUCCUACGUUCUUUGACCCCUUGUUUCUAUAUCAAAAGGGGGGACCAAGCAUCUAUAAUAGGGGGUGUAAUAGAGUUUAUAAAAGAACUGCACCAAGUUUUACAAGCUUUGGAAUCCAAGAAGCGAAGGAAGAGUUUAAGCCCUAGUCCUGGUCCAGGUCCAGGUCCUAGCCCUAGCCCUAGACCACUGCAGUUAAUAACUCUACAACCUGAUCAACUUCAGAGCCCAUUCGGACAAGAAAAUGUUAAGGAACUGAGCGCAUGCUGCAACUCUGCAGUUGCGGAUGUGGAAGCCAAGAUAUCAGGAUCAAAUGUGAUGCUGAAAAUAAUAUCAAAGCGAAUACCAGGUCAAAUUUUCAGGAUAAUCAAUGUCUUGGAAAAACUUUCUUUUGAGGUCCUUCAUCUCAAUAUCAGUAGCAUGGAAGACACUGUUCUCUACUCCUUUGUCGUCAAGAUAGGGUUGGAAUGUCAGCUAAGUGUGGAGGAACUUGCACUUGAAGUUCAACAGAGCUUCUUUCCUGAGGCAAUUUAUACAAAUGAGAUGUAAAUUUGCUGUUUACUUUUUGACGAAGGUUAGUACAAGCAGUAAGAGAAAUAAUGGAAUGUGUGAUCUUUUCUUGAUAAUAAAAAGAAGUGGAUUUUUGUUUUAAUCUA